AUGCAGAUCGGGGGCACACCAUUUCAUCACAUGGGGGAGGGCGCCCGCCCCCCCCAUGUGAGUGAAAUGGCGUGCACCCGUGGACAUGUGGUACCCCAUGUCCCCAUUAGCGCUUCCACGAUGGAUCUCCAAGACCCGUCCAAGGGGGAAUUGUCCCAACAGGCAGAAGGCUCCACCAGCCAGCCACACAGUUCAGUAGAGGGCCUUCGAGAACGCAGCCUCUCUGUGGCUUCCACCUCUUCCCAGGGCCAGCGUUCCUCAGUAAGUUCCAGCCUCGGCCACAACCAGAGGGAUGGCCUCUACCACCGCAUUUUCCACUUGUCCGAGUUGCUGCGAGUGGAGAAGGCCAACCGGGAUGACAACACUUCGAGCUACAUAGACAUGGUGAGCAAGUCUGAUCCGGAGAAAGCCACCUUCAUCCGGCAGACCUUUGAGCGCAUCAACCAGCGGUCCUCUGCCAAUGUCGCCCACCUCGAGCAGCGUCUGCAGGAUUGCUGGCUCCAGCUGAAGAAGCUGGAGCAAAGGGCCGUGACGGCGCAAGAAAGCAACACCAACACCUCCUCUUCCCAGCAGCAGCUCUUCGCCCGGAAGGGCAGCUUCCCCCGCCCGGCGUAUCUGAGCUUACCUAGGAUGCGCGGCUCCAAAAACAGCCCCACGGAGGAGCUCCCCAGCCCCUCCCCCGUGGAAAGCGAGAGCAACAGUCCCCUCUCAGAGACCCCCACCCAGCCGUCCCGGGACGAGGCGGGGGAGCCGAAGCUGAGGGAGCUGAAGGGCCAGCUGGCCAACCUGAAGGGAGCUCACAAGGCCCUGGAAGACGAAUGGCACCAGCUGCAGAAGUCGUGGAAGGAGAACAAAUGGGAGAUGAUGGAACUGCUGCAAGAGGAGAAGAAGAGGCACUACAACUUGGAGGUGCAAGUGAACGACAUGAUCCAAGUCAAUUUCAGCGAGAUCACCAACCUCAAACAGGAUAUGGCCUGCACUGAAGAAAAGAUGGUCUACCAAUCUUACGAGAGAUCCCGAGACAUCUGGGAAGUCCUAGACUCCUACCAGACCCGGCUGGCCAAACUGGAAAUGCAGCAACAGGCCCAACAGCUGGAAGCCAUGGAUUUACCUCAGGCCAGCGUGUACAAACUGUACGGGCAGCUCAUGAACUUGCUGCUGACCAUCGCUGCCAUCCUUCUGGUGUGUGUCUCCACCAUGUCGGCCUUUACCCUUCCUCUCCUGCGCACCCCCUGGCGCGCCCUGACCACUCUGGCUGCGAUCUCCACGGUGUUGCUGGUCUGGAACUACUUGCCAGACAUCUCCAGCCUGGAGUGGACAAUAUGGCUGCCCUCUGCUUAG